AUGGCCAAAGAGGAGUGCAAGGCGCUGCUGGACGCGCUCAGCAAAGUCACGGCUUGCUACCGGCACUUGGUGCUGACCGUCGGCGGCGCGACGGACUCGCAGGAGCUGCGCGAGGAGCUGAAGAAGAGCCGGCGGAAGGCGCAGGAGCUGGCCGGCGUGACGCGGACCAAGCUGACGGCCGCCCUGCGGGACAAGGCGCUGAGCCGGGAGGAGCGGCCCGAGUUCGAGCGCCUCUGGGUCAUCUUCUCGGCCUGCUUGGAGAUCUUGGAGAGCGACAUGCGGCGCGCCCUGGAGCUGGGCCAGGCUUUCCCGCUCCACGUGCCCAAGAAGCCGCUCAUCCAGACGGGGCUGAGCGGCGGCACCUCCGGCGUGGCGGCGCGGGCCAUGAGCGUCCAGAACAUGAAGUACGAAGCCGAAGCCAACAUCGACGUGCUGGACCUGACGGACCUGGAGCAGGAGAUCGGCCAGGUGGGCGAGAUGAUCUACGAGAUGGAGAUGAAGGUCAACGUGCCCCGCUGGACGGUCGAGGCCAAGCAAGACCCGGGCGCCGAGCUGAACGCCAACCUCAGCGGGGGCGCCUCUUCCCUGGGCGGCGUCUCGGGGGUCGAGAACAAAAGCCUUUGCGAUCCUAGCAGGGUCCUGGCCGGGAUCAUUUUCACCGCCGUCCUCCUGAUGGCCAUCGCCCUGGCGGUGUGUGUGGCCAAGCUCUCCUAAGGCUGGACGGAGAGAGGUGGGAUCGGUUCCUUGCAACCGCGGGGG